AGUCGAACCUGAAAGUCAAUUUUGAGACUUGAUACGGACCCCUCCUUCCGUUCCUAAACGAAUAUGCCCGCUCCUACUAGUUCUUGAUCGAUUGUUGUAACUCUCUCAAGGACCGUCGAUCCCCGAGUUCAACCUCCGUUUGUCGACCAACUCGGACCCACUGAUUGUAACAUACUGUAAACUAUUAUUGGCGGUCUCUUUACGGGACUUCGUUUUUCAAGCUUCUAGCCAUGAGCUUCCUCGUGCCAACGCAACGAGGCCUUGAACAUGUAACCCAGCCCAUGGGCGACUUCUCUUCCAUACAUAACCAGCCAAACAGAUCCCAUCUGCCCCUUUCCUCCUUGGAAGGGUAUCCUCAUCAGGGCAUGUCCGCCCUCUCAACUUCAACACCCUUUCCACCUUUUUCCGACAUUGCCAUGUCUCAAUCUUUGCCAAAAGUUGGCGAGACCAGAUGCUACUGGUCCUUAUUAUCGUCCGAAUUGGAUUUCGUCUAUCUGGAUCCCGUUCUUGCCAGUCAUCUCGAAAACCAAGCUGACUUGCUCAUUGGCAAGUCACUCCUAUCCUUUGUUCACCCCGAAGAACAGGCUACUGCGCGAGCAGAUCUAGCAGAAGCUCUUGAACAAAGGACGAUGCAUGGUAGUGUUACCAGGGUCAGGUAUUGUCGUCUCUCUCGCAUCCGUCGCAUCCUCGGUCACCAAGGGCCUACCCAACCGUGGCCUGAUGGUGACAAGGUUUCCGUGGAUGCCUACUACAUGGUUGUCGACAUCGUCAUUAACUGGGCUGCAGAGGGCCUCGUGUUAUGCUUUAUCCACGCAGUCGUCGAUCUUGAACCUGGUGACAAUGAUGAGCACCACAGAACUCCAUGGACAAAUUGGUGUGGCACGCCAUGCAUGCACCCAGAACAGAUAACGCUGUUGCAACAGCGGCUUCUAUAUUACUUCCCUCAAUCAACCGCCACAACUAGGGUAUUCCAGAUCUUGUUCAACUCUAAUUACAACCAGCAGGACUGUCGUCUUCUGUUGAGCUGGCCGUCGGAUAGCAGCCAAGAAUAUCCUGGUAUGCCAGGAGCAAAAGACUUUGCAAGGCGAGCGGUGGGCAUUCAGACGUCCACUCGGGAUAACAGUGCGAAGACCAGUUGCACGAGACGUUGGAGAAUCCAAGAUACAAUGCCUGGAAUAGGCGAAGUAGAAAGCGUGUUUAUCCCUCAUGGUUCAAUAACGUUUGCAUGCCACACCAUUCAACAGCCUGCUUCGCGGAGCUUGUCUGUCUCUUAUUCUCAGUCUCAGCCGUUCACGAGGUCGACAGACGCCUACAUGCCCACACACAGCCAACAUCACCCCUAUGACCUGUCGGCAAGUCCGUACACACUCCCGCCCGUGUCUGCCUCAAUGCCACAAGCUUACGGGCACUACACGCAGUCUUUGACGUCCCAAUACUCUCAUUCGCCCUGGGGGAGUUACUCGGAACCUUCUUCCUCGCUUUCUCAGUUUAACAGGUGGCCUGCUCAAAGCCCUGCACAUUCGAUGGCAUCCCUCCCAUCGUCUUCAUGCACCUUGCGCGAGUCUCCUUACUCGAGACCAUCGCCGUCUCCAAUUUAUGCCGAGAACAGAGCGUCUUUAAGCAACUAUCAAGCCACACCUAGUCCUGAGGACUACAAUACAAAGGCCAGCUUUGAAACCUUCGAGGCUAGUGUACCGCCGGCGCCGCCCUGCGGUAACGACAUUGUACCUCCUCCAAGGCACCGAGUGAGCCCCGGAACACAUAAGGACACCCUGCCACGUAGCACCAACAACCGCCCUCUGGGUGUUCUCAAAUGCAGUAGUUGCAAGGCAACCUCUAGUCCUGAAUGGAGGAAGGGCCCCAGUGGCAGAAAGGAGCUCUGUAACGCAUGUGGGUUGCGCUACGCCCGUUCUCGUGCUAAGAAGGAAGGGCACGUGGUGUCGACACAGCGUCGGAAGAAAGACAAGAUCGGAGCCAUUACGGCUAAUGAGGAGUCUACGGUGCCGUCUACGCCUCCGAUACCUAUUGCCGGCACCACUUCGACAACUCGUCGUGGUGCUCUUGAAGGGAACACAUUUGCUUCGCCAUCAUCUGUUGGCUCUGGAUCUGGUAGUGAACCUUACUCUCAACCAAGCCCUGUAGCACCAGAAGAUAACCGGCCUUCACCAUCACCUCCGUUGCCUGGUCUCAAUUUUGUUCAUUACCACCCUUCUCAGCCCUCCUCAGGACCGUCGCAUCAUCAAGCACGAGUUGAUGGUCGUACAUUCCCUUAUCACGCGUCCAGCCCUUUUCAACCCUCCCCAUCUCCGCUAUCUUCGGGUCAGCUGACUCUCCGUCCACCACGAGGACAAGAUGAUGUGCCUGGCUCGUCGUCGCGCAGCGGGUCAUAUCACCCUUAUCCCUCGCACUCAUCAAAUUCAACCGCUUUUGAACGGGCAAAAACACAGGAUCGUCACCUGACUUCACUGCCUCCUUCACCAGAACGUAGCAGAUUCCGGUGACAACGUCUCGUUAAAUCGAACGACUUGAAGCUUACCCAAGCGUUAUGCGACACCUUGGCCCUUUUUCUGUGAAAUGUUACGUUUCAGUAUUUUAAUGUUUCCGGUUCAUUUUUUUUUCGGCCAAUGGUGCAAGCACACCUUCCUUGCCAAAAUAUUUAUUUGAUGCAAUUCGCUGCAGCUGGUUGUUCCUUUUGGACUUACAUAGUGCAACCAACACAUGGAUCCAUGCCUUGUGUAGUUUUAUCGUAGUGGACAUGCUAAUUUGAAAUCAUGAAAUUGGAA